UUGACUAGUAAUUAGAUAAAACAUAAUAAGCCUCAUUCUGUCAGCACAUGCGUCACGUGUCAUUCCGUAUUUGGAUGUACAGUAUGCACAGGCUAAUCAAGGAUGACACUGACCGCUUUAUGGAAGGAAGGAAGUCUGAAGACACAAUGAAAGCCUUCAUAGUUCUCUUCGUGGUGGGGGCAGCUUGUGCCUACAAGUUUGACUUCACAGACGACUAUUUCACAGAGGCCUUUGUGAACUACCACAAUGCCCGAACAGACGUAACAUGGAAGGCAACCACGGAGAACUUCAAGAAUGUUCCCCUAGAGGGCCGCAUGAACUACAUCAAGGACCUCUGUGGGACCCUGCCCAGCCCCGCCCACAAACGCUUCCCUGCCAAGGACAUUCAGGUGACCAGUGUCCCUAUGACACGUUUGAUGCUCGCACCCAGUGGCCAAACUGUCCAUCAAUCAAGGAGGUCAGAGAUCAGGGUGCCUGUGGAUCUUGCUGGUUGCCAGGGUCACCUCCACUCGAAAGUAUCCAAAGUCACAGAGAUGUCCCUUGCUCAGGCUGACCUGAGAGACCAGAAACGUGCACUGACUUAUAUUACCAAAGGAGACCUGUGCCCGGACUAG